AUGCCGCCGAGAACGUACGACCUGAGUGUUCCGCUGGCUCGGAAUCCGGUCAUUGCGGUCACCGUGUUUGGGGCCCUGGCCACUCUCACAACCUUUCUCAGAUUGUGGGCAUUGAGAAUGAGAAAAUUGAAGCCCGGGCUUCCGGAGUAUAUGAUUAUUGGCGCCUUGUUCAUCGUGUAUAUUGACAUUGCGAUUCAAUACAUCUUAUCUAUUCUGGGUGGUUGUGGCCGACAUGUUUCCGACGUGGAUCCUGCGUCCGUGGUUAUUACCCUAAAGACAAUCCUGCCGCUUGAGGCCCUGUAUGGAAUUGUCAUGUCACUCAUUAAAACCUCGAUCAUGCUUUUUUUUCCCGAAUCUUCGGGAGCAAGCGAUCGUUUCGAUAUCGUCUUGGAAACCUUGCUGCUCUGCCGUCCGCUAGCAUAUAACUGGGACACUUCGAUCAAGGGGACCCUGAAUCUGGUCACCGACUUGAUGGUCAUGGCGCUACCGAUUCCGCAUAUCUGGAAGCUGCAACUCAAUGUCGCGAAGAAAUUGGCCCUGUGCCUCGUUUUCUCCAUGGGUCUUCUAGUCUCAAUUAUCAGCAUCAUCCGUUUAAACUCCCUGAUGGCGAUCGAUUUCACGGACAUCACCUAUUCAGUCCAGAUGGGAGUGCUAUGGACUGUCCUGGAACCGGAACUUGCCAUCAUUUGUGCUAACAUGCCGCCAUUGAAACCAAUGUUGUCCCGCAUGUUUCCCAAAUUGUUCCCUAGUUCGAGUCGCAACAAAUCCUAUGGCGUCUCCGACCCGUACGCUUUCGAACGUCUCCCAGAGCAUGCCAUCUAUCCUCUCAACCGAAUGGGCAAUGAUCCCCUGAAAACGGAAGUCUCAGGCGGCCGCUCCCUGGGAAAGAAUGAAUCCGUGAGUAUUGACGAAGAAUCAAGGGAAUUGAACCCGCAGCUUCGGGAUCAUGCAUUGCCUCCGGACGGUAUUAACGUUACGCACGACUUCAAUGUACAAUAUCAUUAA